AUGACCGGCCUACACGGUCCAGCUCCUCCGAGCUAUGAGCACAGCCCAAUACAGCGUCAGAGGAGUAUCCGAUUACUCACCAUAUUCGCCGCUGAUGAUUUCGAAGCAACUCUUAGAGCGAAACUCAAAAUCCAUCGUCUUGACAGCACUCCAGAGUACACUGCCCUCUCUUAUGUCUGGGGGAAAGCAGGGGCCACUAUCCCGAUAUUUAUCGAUGGUCACAUGCUCAAGAUAAGAAAAAACCUCAGUGUCGCGCUCAAAAGAUGGCGACGUCGGCAGGGUACCUUUCGCAUCUGGGUGGAUGCAAUCUGCAUAAAUCAAGAGGAUAACGACGAGAAGUCGUCCCAAGUGCAACUCAUGCGUUUCAUUUAUCAAUCAGCUCGCAUGGUUCUUGUCUACCUUGAAGAGGCUGAUGGCUGGGAAGAGGCAAACAAAGCCAUGCAACAUCUAUGUGAAGCUAAGAAGGACGGAAUGUUACCAGAAUAUGCCGGCGGUGGCACCCCCACGGCAGAUUUCUUAAGUGAAGUUGACAGUUAUCUCCAGAAAUGGGGUCUCCCGGCUCGAGAGAGCGAUGUUUGGCAGUCAGUGACAAAAGUCUCAGAAAACUCGUGGUUUCAGAGAGCAUGGACACUUCAGGAGUGCUAUGUAUCCAACAACUGCCAAAUAUUCCAUGGAAACACACUUUUCGAUCUUGACAUUUUCUGUGAUACACUUCGUGAUUGGAUAUUUAGUGCGAUUGCAACCAAGAUAUGGAGGCAUUUUCUUGAUCACACAGGCCCUUCAUCACGAAUUAGUCUACUCAACUUUCAACGCUCAAGAAAAGGGCAAGAUCAAGAGCUGCUGGCUCUACCUCUAUUUACGUUGCUUGCAUUUACAAAUGGGAGCCAAGCAACAAAAGCCUGUGACCUAAUCUACGCUCUUAUCGGAAUCUCCUUGCAGGCUGAUCACCCAUCCCUUCAACCCAAAUACGGCCUCAACGAAGAUGAUAUAUUCAUCCGGGUUGCUGAAUACGCCAUUGAAGAAGGCGAAGGGCCACUAUUGCUUCAUUCGGUCCCAAAUUUAGCCAAGGAUCUCCCAAAAGGCUCCGCCUCUUGGAUUCCUCGUUGGAACGCUGAUGAAACGAGAAGUACCUUUGGCACUCCAUCACACCGUAUCAACGAUUGCAUCUUCUCAGCGUCUGGCCACUCCGAUCCAGCGUUUCACUCCCGGGAAAUCCAAGGUUCUCACAUAUUAUCUGUACGCGGGCUCAUUUUUGACUCAAUCGAGCAACUCGGCACCUGCAGAACGGACAUCAAGGGACAAGUAGAUCUUGCUGAGAUCGCUGACCCAAUCACCGAGUGUCUCGUCAAGGCCCACAACUUACUUCUGUCUCGGGACGGAUAUCGCCAUUAUCCUAACGAAUGCAGAGCUAGUGUUCUGUCCCGGCUCGCUACCUGCGAUAUAGAAGGUAAUGCUUGGCAUGUACGCGCUCCAGCACUUAAUCAAACUGCCAUGGCAAUGGUUCUGGCCCAUUCCAUUAAAAAGCCUCAGAACGGCCCACGCUCUGAAGCUGAUGUUGCAAGUAUAAAGGAUAUUAUGGUCGACUGGGACUCGCCCGGGUUCGGUUGUAAUGUUGAACUCUUCGCAUCGGCAGCCGCAAACGGAUUCCGACUACAGAGGUUCAUUACAUCCCAGGGGUACAUAGGUCAGGCCCCUCAGUCCGUUGGGAUUGGAAGGAGUGAAGGCGAUAAGGUUGUCCUUAUUGCCGGCUGCCAUGUGCCGUUCAUCCUUCGACCGCAGGCAGAAGGGCGUUAUUCUGUGGUCGGGGACUGUUAUCUCCAUGGAAUUAUGGACGGAGAGGCAUGGGAUGAAGGACGGGCUGUGGUGAUAGAAAUAGUCUAG